AUGCUGUGGCUGCUAGCCAUUCUUGGCUUAACACAAGGAUUUUCGAUCGAAUCCCAUCUGACGACAUGUGCCAUGCUCUUGGAACCUCCACAGCUGCAAUUUGAGCAACCACUACGAGAUGUCGAAGUUCAGUACGGGGAGUCUGUCACAUUGUCCUGUAGCGUUUUCGGAGCACCACAGGCCGCUAUCAAAUGGCUGCAUCGUGGACGUAUAGUGGCCACGUAUUCAGCACCAUCUGUGGAAACAGCCGUGCAUACGACUCGUGUUGCCAGUGGAUUGAUCGAAUCAAAACUCUUUGUACCAUGUGUGAACCGGCAUUCCCUUGGCGAAUAUGUCUGCGAGGCAACAUCACCUUGUGGCGAAGUGAUCUCAUCCACUGCAGUUGUUGGACUUUCAAAUUCAAUCAAAGGCAAAUCUUCCUGUAACCUGACCCGUACCGCGAUUCCUCCAACGAUUGCCGUCUCAACGGUUUCCCGACUGGAAUUGUCCGGUACUCCGGUUCAACUGAUGUGUCGAGCAACUGGAGUACCCCAACCGAAAGUCACUUGGAAACGAAUUAAUGAUGACGAUGAACUCGAAGACAUUAAUGGCGAAUCGACCAUGGUAAGUAAGAUUGGAAGAAAAUCUUUUUACUGGAGUAAUCAUAAAAAGUAA